AGCUUUCAUAUUUGGUGAUAACAGUCACCUGUAUAUGUCAAUGGGAUCGCAUUUACGCUAGGAAAAUGCAGCAUGGGAUUGUGAAAUACGAUAAGUGGGAGGAUGUCCUAUGGGUCUACAAUGGAUUGCAAUCCCAUAUAAGAACACCAUUAAACGGUUCUUUGGUGGGAAUUAAUGUAGAAGAUGAGACCAUUAAGUACAGCCAUUGGGGAUACCAGCAGCAAUCAUCAUUUGAAGGAGUUUACAACGAACUAUGUGGAUGCUGUAGAAUAUCACCGAACGCAAUACAGCCGUACGAAUCUGCUCUAGUAGUAUCUAAUGCUGAUUGUGUAGAAAUAAUGAAUAAAGAUGGAGGACGAAGGAUGAGAGUUACUUCAACAAAUGCCGAGAUGCAAGUCACAAACUAUGGAAAGAAUCACAUAGUAUGCUCUUUAUUACACUGUACGCAGAAUCAUUCAACAGCGUGGCUAGGAACUAAUGGAGAUACUGUAUACGGCCUCGAUUCAAACGUUGGUGCCAUUACCAACACAUUCAAAGUCAAUAUGAGCCAAGAUGGAUUCCAAGAUAAAGUAACAGUGAUAUCAGAUUUUUCUGGAAAUGCAACAAGAAGCUCAUGCAUAUUCUCAUAUUGUCAACCGUACGCAACGGACGAUGCCACCACGUGUGAUGACCAGUUCACACAAGGACCACCAAAUGAUGAAUCCAACAGUCCAAAGAAAUCGUCACUGGAAAAUAUCGCGAAAAGGUACGGAAGCAUAGAAGCAAUUCCUGAAUUUGUACCCUCUAGUGCACAAAGUUUACAUCCAGUUGGGAUUUUUACUAAAACAAAUGAUAAAUGUGAUGUAACAUUUGGAGCAUUAUCACUCAGUUAUGCUAUCCAAAGUCAAAGUGAUUCACAAUCGUCCAUUGAACGCUCAAGAGAUAAAAUAUGUGUAGGUAUGCUAUCGGGACUCGUACACGUCUUGGACACCAGGAUGCAACAUAUAGCUCAUACAAUAGAAGCACAAAAUAACGCAGUUGGUAACCUAUCUGCAUAUGGAACCCUUCUUGUUACGUCAGGAUGCUACCUCUAUGGAGACACGCUGAUACAUGAACCGCUACUGGAGGUACAUGACAUGCGACUCAAGAAAAGUGGCUCACUCUGGCUAGGCGCACCUAUACGCUCAACGUCAUUCGUACCUAAUACUUGCAAAGUAUUAGCCAUGCAGGAAGAUGGAGGAUUCUACGAAUGUGACCUUUUAAAUAUGCAACACAUAAGGUAUCCUAAUAUAUCAAAUCGUGACGCAUGGAAAUAUCAUGAUAUAGAUGUCAAUACGUCCAACGUAAAAGGAAUAUAUAGAGUGUUCACAGCGAAUGAAGCGUAUACAUUGAACACCAUCAAUUUGGAAAUUAAUGGUCAAUCUGGUCAUGGAAUGAAUGCUAACGAUAUAACUCCAGAGUGCCGAAAAAUAGAUUGCGAUCGAAUUAAAUACACAAACAAUACACCUUAUGCAUCUUUAAUCGGAUCAUUUAAAGGAGAUGUAGUGCAAGUAUUUGUGCAAGUCUUCUUUUUCCUUGAAAAAUUGAUGUCUAUAAGAUACCAUACAUGUGAAGUAGAACACUGUGUUACGUGCCAAAUAGGUUUCGCGAUACAUAUGCUAAAGAUAGCACAUGAAAACAGAAAAGGUGGAAUCACGGAUGUGGAAAAUAAAUUUGCAACGACCAAACAACCGGAACUCAAAGUUACCCAAUUACAGGAACUAAUGCCAGUUGAUAGAUCUGAAACAGAUGCAACAUCUAUACAGAGGUUGUUCCUGUGGGUCAUUGAAAAGAUUAAUUCAGAACUCGAAAUCUACUAUGAGAGAAAGCAAAACGGUAUUGUAACCUCAAAUCACGAAAUAAUUAAAAGCGUAUUUGGAUUCUCAAAAACUGUUGACGCCAUGUGUAAAAAUGGACACAAAAGUCACAAAGUGGUAGAUAAUGAAUUCUGCUUGACGUAUGCUCAAAUCAAUGCAGGAGGGUCGUAUGAAGAAGAAAUGACAUCAUUUUGCACCGAGUGUGCGAAACCCGUAGAAACCAAGUACACUACAACGUUCAACGACUCACCAAAUUUCAUGGUUAUUAACUGUGAUCUAGACGCCACUUACAAAAUAAAACAGAUUAAAGAUGAUGAAAGUUUCCUAGGACAAUCGUAUAAACUGACAACAGUUGUUUUCUCUGUGCCGUCAGAAGACAAGAACUACAGACUACUUGCAUAUGUUAAGUUGUCAGAACAAAUGAAGGAUACACAAGAAUGGUUGUUGAUCAACGACGGUUAUAUCUGCGAAAUAGAAGAUAGUAACCAGAUUUUCGAUUUCUCUGCGCCAUGGAAAGAACCAAUUAUGCUCAUAUAUAGAAAAUGUAACAUGGGUGUAAUUAAGGAAAUUAACCCAUCCGCUGAUGGUGAUGUGACCAUGAUUAACGUCAAUGGAAGAAUAGUACCAUUGCCCGCACCAAAUGAAAAGAUACCUAUACCGGCAUCUAUAUUUAUAUCGGAAUCUAAUAUCGCACAUAACCCUCGAGCACAUGAUAAAAAUCGGACAUUUGUCCCGUUCUCAGUAAAUGAGCUUCUUACUAUUCGUCACAAGGAUUAUAUAGUAGCGCUGGAUGUUGAAGGUGUAAAGACAGGAGUUGAAACAUUGGAAGGUUCAAGAUACCGAAAACUACCGGAUGCUUUUAGUUCACCCCGGACUAUGACGAUGAAUAGAGAAUCGUUCGUAUAUUCUGCUGAUGAAACCGAAGAACAAGAAUUGUCAACGUUAGCAAGAGUGAGUGCAGUACGAGGGUGUGGAGAAGCUUUUGGCAUCCCAUUCCUGGACCAUUAUAUACAUCGUCGAGAACCGCCUAAAGAUUAUCUUACGAGGUUCUCGGGCAUACACCAAGGUGACCUAGAUUUGAAAUCAUCAUUGCACUGGCUGACAACUAGGAAAUCUAUCUAUAUGAAAAUUAGAUAUCUAGUGGACGCAGGAUGUAAGAUAUUGGGGCAUGGCUUAGAACAGGAUUUCAAAAUGCUAAAUAUAGUAGUCCCAAAGUCACAGGUUAUUGACACCGUUGAAUUGUACAGAUUGCCAGGGCGAAGAUAUAUCUCUCUGCAAUUCCUUGCGGCGCAUAUAUUGAAUAUAAGAAUACAAGAUGGCGAACAUGACUCUAUCGAGGACGCAAAAGCAGCGCUCUACCUUUAUAGAAAAUAUCUAGAGUACAAAGAGAAGGGGGAACUUCAAGAUGUACUAGCGUCAUUGUAUGACAUUGGGUAUAGGACAAACUGGGUUGUAAAUUAAU